AGAGGAAAAUGUCAUCUUCUAACUUCCGGUUUCUCUUGUUAAAUCGAACAGUGUUCUUCUGAAAUCAAUAUGGCGUCGAAACGAACUUUAGUUAGCGCUGCAAUGAUUAUUAUGACCGAUGAAGAUUUCGACAUACCAAAUGAGGAUUUUUCAUUUGUUACACUAUGUGCAGCUUGCAAUAAUAUACAGGAGCAAAGAAAACGAUAUAAAGUAGAACGCUUUGUACAAGACGUUGUUUCAAGAUAUUCCUUACACACGUUCAAGACCUUCUUUCGUAUUUCAAAGACUACAUUUGAAACUUUAUUGGAAAAUAUUCAGCAUAUUCCAGAACUACUACUAAGAGAACCAGCUGCUGGACGACCUCAGAUUUCACAUGAAAAAGGUUUACUGAUGAUGCUGUGGUAUAUAGGAUCACAAGAAACUAUACGAUCUAUUGCAGAUCGAUUCAAUGUGUCUGAGUCAACAUUCCAUUCCCACAACAGAAGGAUGUUAGAUAUUUUCCAAAAAUACUUUCUUCAAAAAUUUGUGAUUUGGCCAAAUGAUGUGUAGACUGUAAAUAAUGAAUUUG